GCAGUGGCACUGGUUGCCAUCCCAGCGGGCAUCGCUGCACUGGGGUUUACUGGAGCUGGAAUUGCCGCUGGGUCCAUCGCUGCCAAGAUGAUGUCAGCAGCUGCCAUUGCCAACGGAGGUGGAGUGGCCGCGGGCAGCACCGUGGCCGUGCUGCAGUCCAUCG